AUGUCGACAUACUCGCAGCAGUACCACACCUAUCCAGACCAAGCUCUUUUCGUCGAUCCCCAUGCCUUUGUCUUCGGCGGCCAGUACGAUGCGCGACAGCGCUCCAAGACACCGACCGACUCUCUGGUCAAUCAUACUGGGCACUCGCCUGGACCACUUGCGACCCCGCCGCCUUUGAGCCGGGGCCCAUCACAGCAGCCCGAACUGCUCCAGGAUCCUGAGCACAUGUUAUGGGACAAUGGUAGCUCUUCAACGUCCCCUACGUCUGUGAGGACACCGGACGGUGACUCGUUCGAGGUGGAGAUGCUCGACUCCGACUCCAUGCGCAACUACUACCACCAGAACGGCAAUACCGUAGCAUCGCAGACUUCGCCUACUGGGCUACCCACAAUGGAUUCCAGCAUGCUCUUUACUGCUCACGGUACCUUUAGCGACCAAGCCGUCCAAGCAGCCUUCAAUGCUACAAUGGCCGACCCGCAAGUAUUCCAGCAGCAGUAUAACAUGCAAGCCCACCAAGCGCAACAAAUGCCAAUGAUGCACUCCCAGAACAACAUGUACGACCAGAACUACACCACCCAGCCACCCCGCUUUGACCCUUGGAACGGGCAGGGACCUUCAAGAUCCUCAAUGACACCCAGGUCGGGUCAUGUUGUGUUCGACCCAGCGAGCGACCCUGUAAACUACUCCGAGUAUUUGGUCGAUGUGGACACCUGGGCGGCGCAUUACACCGACCCUUCGUCUCUCAUCUCACCCAGCGAGCCUACUAUUCCGAUGCAUGAUAACAUGUUCUUUUCACAAACACAGAACCUCGCUUCAUCAUUUGACCCAGUCCCACAGACGCCACUACAGCAUCGUGGCUCUCUGGACAUGCAGCAUCGAGGUUCCUUCGACACGCAACAUCGAGGCUCCUUCGACACACAGCAUCGCGGUUCUGUAGACGUGCAGCAGAGAGGAUCUUCACCACUACCAGACCAACAGAACUUUGUCAACUACAAUGCCACUUCUAGUCUCUUCACUGAGAAUUACAUUACUAUCAACAAUGCCUUUUCAGCGUCACCAUCGGCAACAUCGUCAACUGGCCUUCACCCAUCUUCUCCCUUCCAGCCAGAAAUCAGUCCAUCUGCACCUAGUCCAGGAAGUUCCGACAGCAUGUACUCAGCUUACCAGCAUUCGGACUCUGGGAUGAUGUUGGAUCAGUUUCAGACGCAACAAUUUGGAAAUUUGCAGCAACCACAAAUGCACACUCUCAAAGUAGACCAUGUCAUCCAUAGUGGCGUGCCCGAAAUGAGUUUCGAUGCGUCUCCUGAGCCGGAAUCGUCUCGGAGUGCAGCACAGAAAGCGCUAGCAGCGAAGUCUGGGGGCAGAGCUCUGGGCACUCACUUGGAGCCCACGGUCGCCAAAGCAGCGCACGACAUGCGUAAGAUUGUUGCAUGCUGGCAUUGUGUGUUGCAGAGAGACAAGUGCGGUCCUGGAGACAUCUGCGACCGAUGCUUCAAGCGAUCUCAGCGGCCCAAUGCUGACUGCGGUCUUGGAUGCAACCGUAUGAAGCUCAUCGACCUGUCGCCCUACUUCUUGCCCUCACUUGUCACUCAAAUGCACGAAGAUUCAAAUCUCACUCGCUUUGUCACCCAAUACAUCCAGCAGUGGGGUAAUGAUGAACUCACGGUUUUCAUGACAUGCGGCCAGAACAGCAUGCCCAGGAUUCCUGUCAAGGUUUAUGAGUUUAUUCCCCGUGGAGACGAGCUAUUAGUACAGAUCCAAUACAGGCUCGACCCAAGGACACAGAAAAGAAUUCCGAUCAAGAAGCGAAGUCCAGCACUAGGCAUGGUACACAUCAAUCACAAUGAAGAGAAGAAGUACGACAAGUAUAUUUCCGACAUCGUCGACCAUCACCUCGACGCUUUUGGCGAGCUCUGCUGGAUGGAAGACGACAAUGACUUCCAGCAAAAGCUCUUCAAGCUGAUGACGCGCGUAAAGCCAAAGUCGGACGACGAAUCCAAGCUCCUCCGCGAAAUCUUCCGCCUUAUCAUUGUCACCUUUAUCAUGUCGCACACGCUCACCAUUGCUGAGGAAACCAAGGUCGCAACACUAUCCCGUAUGCAUUCAUAUGGUGGCCCCAACUCUUACGUGGACAACUUCACAUCGCCGCGCAUGACGAACCGACAGCUCAAGUACUUUUUCUCGCGCCUCCAACGAUCUAUCCAGGCCAACGUCCUCAACAAGUUACAACAAAUUCUCAAAUCAUCCAAAGGAUGCGACAAAUGGCUUGCGGCAUUCGUUGCUGUAUUGGGCAUGUGCAUGGCGCUUGAGGACCAGCAGAAGACCAUCCACCUUGUGAUGUUGACCAAAGCCCAGACUGAGGGACUCGACCAGAGGGACGCACAGGAUAUGGCGGAUGAAGCGUGUCGUGAGAUUGACAACAGGAUGCAUUUUGUGCAACAGAUCUUCCGAUGGAAGUACAACCGCAAGUGUAAUCCCAUGCGUGAUGCCGAUCUCGAUUGGGAGAAGGAGGUUGGAUUUGGAGAUGCAUCAAGUGUAAACUUUGUCAGACAGACUGCGCAGUUGGUGAAGGAGAACAUUGACUUCCUACAAAGAAGACAAGCAGUAAGCAUCUCGCCUGCGAACCAGACAAAGUAUACGUCGCGCCUCGUCGGGCAAUUCCUGCUUUCCUUCUGGCUUCCAAGCGUGUAA